CCGGCCCGGUAUCCGGGUAAGAUGGCCGCAGUCGGAGAGUGCUCGGUCCCCGUUCCGUGGAAAUCGGUGUCUCUCACGCACGUCGAGUACCCGGCAGGGUGUGGCGUUUCCGAGCAGAGCCCACGAUUUGGCAUCCUUCGAGGUUUUUCUCCUUCCGAGGCACUCAGUCCUGUGGAUGAUAGGCAGAUUGUAGCUAUAAAGCACAUGUAUUAUUUAUCUCCUCUGAUCUCUUUCUUGGGUGGGCUCUGCUUCAACGAAGGUGUGAAUUGGUUAAUCAAGAACAUUAUCCAGGAACAGAGGCCUUGCCCAGGAAGGGCCCAGAAACGGAAAGCUCCCCGCAUUCGGUGGCGAGCGAUGGGGCUUGUAGUUCAAGGGGAUUAG